UUCACUUCUCAUCGAAAUCCAACAGCCGACGGCAUUCCCGGUGACGAAUCACCAUGUCUUUCGGCGACCUCCGACCAACAUUUCCGAUAGAACUCAAAGACGAUUCUGAUUUUGAUAACAUCGUCUCUCCGGAAGGCCUCGUCUCAAUCUGUGGCUUCGGUUCUCUUCUCUCCGAGAGGAGUGCGAGGAGUACAUUUCCGUAUUUGAUCAACUUCAGAAUCACCAAAUUGAGCGGUUUUCGACGUGUUUUCGCUCAUGUUGCUCCGAUUUUCUUCCAACGCGGCAUUGCCAACCCCCAAACCAAGGAAAUUUCGAGCUUAAGUGUGGAGCCUUGUGAAGGUGAAACCCUUAUAGUGACAGUUUUCGAGAUUCAAAGAUCAAAGAUUCCAGCGUUCAUUGAGAGGGAACACGAGUUUCGAUUUUUAGCUGUCAUACCUGAAACAUUAAACGGGUUGCUGUAUAUUAGUGCUGCGGUGCUUUGUGCACGUUAUAGUGAUGAAGAAUAUUUUCAAAAUAGAUGCAAAGGAAGCCAAGACAUCUACUUUGAGCGAUAUGGACGGUUUAACAUACACAAAAUUUGGCAAGAUGACAUCUUACCUUGUCGUGCUUAUCUUCGGCACUGUGUAUUGGCAGCAAAGAACCUGGGCUAUGAAGCGUACGACAAUUUUCUGGACCAUACUUAUCUCGGGGACAGAAAGACGACCAUUCGUGAGUACUUGACUACAACAGGUUCAGGCAUAAUGGAAGAGGAACCUCCCGAACCAUUAAAGAGCCGAUAUGGCGGUUGACAUCAACAGUUGCACAGACUAUCUACAGCCAGAACACUCCAUUUCAUUUAUUCCGUUCAAAUAUGUCAACCAUGGCUUUACUGGUGUGGGCUUAGGAUGAAGAAGAAGUAAUGCAAGCUAGGAAAGUGAAAUUUUUGUAGCUUCUAGCGCAACUUUUGUCGUCUUGGAUGAGUUUUAAGAAUUUUCUGUUGAAGAUUAGUAAUGUUUGAAGAAGUAAACUGGGCAGAGGAUCUUUGUAGCCAAGUGUUAUGAUCUCUAUACCGUGUCAGCCUAUCCAGUUUCACAUUUCUUCUGGAAGCUAUAGAAUGUAAAUGGUGAUGAUGUGUUUACAAGACAUUUUUCUCGUGUCAUAAGACUACCGAUGACCCUUAGGUUCCACAUCAUGAUUAAAAUCAAAACAACAAACAGAAG